AUGUUGACAAACGGAAAUGUCUUAGUUGCUGGUGGGCUCAGUAAUAAUGGCAUAUUGAGUAGUGCAGAAAUGUACAAUCCAUCUACAGGUUUCUGGACAACUACUGGCACCAUGAGCACUGCACGAGAAUAUCACACAGCAUCCAUGUUGACAAAUGGAAAUGUCUUAGUUACUGGUGGAACCGCUGAUGGGAACACCGCAUUAAGCAGUGCAGAAAUGUAUAAUCCAUCCACAGGACUCUGGACAUUUAAUGGCUUCAUGAACACUUCACGAUAUGAUCACACAGCAUCCAUAUUGACAAACGGAAAUGUCUUAGUUGCUGGUGGAACCCUUGAUAAUAGUAUCAUAUUGAGUGGUGCAGAAGUAUUUGGAUAA